AACGGAGGCACACUUUCUGUCGUUUUAGCCACCACAAUUCAGGUGAAAUGUGAGCUGUACGCAACCACCACAAAAUAUGAGCCACACACCCGUCCAGGAGCCACCUGCCCAGGAAUUGUCCUCAGGCAGUGGGCAGACAUUACCCUCCCGACUCCUACAGCCGAUCUCGGAUCCCUCCGCUUCUAAAAGAGUCUGUUUCUACAAAAGCGGAGACUAUAAAUUCAGUGGACAUCGCAUGGUCAUCAAUGCCCGCACCUUCAAGACGUUUGACGGUCUACUGGAUGCUCUGGCCAAGAAAGUGCCUCUGCCCUUUGGGGUCAGGACCAUCACCACGCCUCGCGGGACCAACCUGGUGAAGGCUUUAGAUGACUUGCAUGACGGAGGCUCGUAUGUGUGUUCUGAUUACAAACGGGUGAAGCCAUUAAACCUGGAUGAGGUGAACCGGCGGCAGGUACCGUGGAAUGCCACCAGACCCCUCAGCGGCGGGCGCCGAAGACGAAAAGGAUCCCAGUUUGGUCCGUUUGGCAGAAGGAAUGAAGUCAACACCGGGAGGCCAGCAAAGAUCACUGAGAGGGGCGCAGUACGGACACCAAAGAGGCUUGUGGUCAUCAGGAAUCGGGACCCCUUUGUUAAACGGACUAUUGUGCUCCAGAGAAGAACAGCACCGACAUUUGACGCUUUGUUGGAUUACCUUUCCCAGAUCCUGCAGUUCCCAGUGCUGAAACUAUUUUCUAUGGAUGGCAGAAGAAUCGAUGGUCUUGCAGGACUCAUCCUGUGCUCUGGAGGUGUCGUGGCCACGGGCAACGAGCCAUUCAGAUUAGGAAACUACAAUUUUCACGGAGAAAGCCAAAUGGCACAAGGAAUGGAGACGAUGGAACCAUCUAUGUUGCCGCCCAAAAGCCAGAACAACAAAUCUUUGUCGAGUGGAAGAGGCUCACGGAAUUUGUCCUCAUCAUCAGAGAGAUACAUUGUCAACCAGAUAAAAAAGUCUACAAAUGGAAGCACCAACAGCCACCUGCAUCACCACAGCGGAUCACUUGAAACACAAGUCAACCAUCGUCCCGCAUCCUUGGAGACGUGUGGAUCCGGGAGGCUAGGUGAUGAGCACCAUACUUGCGUUGUACGUCAGGACGACGACAUUGAAAAGUCUUUCCGUGUGAAUCAAGACGGCAGCGUGACAGUGGAGAUGAAAGUUCGCCUGACCAUUAAAGAGGAGGAGAUGCUCCACUGGACCACUACGCUCAGCCGCAGCAAGGGGAUAGUUUGUGCCUCAAUUUCUGAGUCGGGCAACAGCUCACUCGACUCAAACAACGGCAUUGCCAAAGACUCUUCUAGCGCCAGUGAGGAUGAGACGAGAGAGGAGGACCAUCCCGCUGGACCUGGAAGGAGUGUGGACUUUCACGACCAGCAAGCAUACGAGGGCUACGAUUCCAUGGCCUCGGGAAAAGCUCAAAAUGGUUUCAAGCGCGCACCUACGCCAGGCCCUCGGCACGUCACGAAGAAGGCGUCUGUUGAGAGUGCGAAGACGGUGACAGAGUCAGGGGUUCAAGAGAGCACCCUGGGACAUUAUUCCUACAGGAAGAGGACGGCUGAUGGUGAGAAGGCUGAGGGGUACUGCAUUGUCAGAUGCAGCAGCAGCAACAAGCCAAUCCCCAAACCCAGGAAAACGGCGUCUGCAGGAGCGAGCAACAAAGGCUCCCACUCAUCCGCCAGGUCGUCGGGAGUAGCUGAGGUUCUUCAGAUACAGAAUAACGGGAUGGAGGUGACAGAAACUGUUAUGCAUAUUUAUGAGAGUCAAGACUGCUACGACAACUAUUUAGCCAAUGAGGAAUACAGCGCUGAUAGUGUCCCACUGCACGGUUCCACUUCAGAGCCAGAAAGCAAACCGUCCACGGAAUCAGGGCCGCGUUCUCCCAAAAAUGACUGCGAUAUAGAUUUGAGCUGGCAGCCACCCACGACUCACUCACAACAAAGACAGAAAGAGGAGAUGUUGUCAUUCUCGUCGGAGCCAGUAACUCCGUUGCAUGAGAUUACUGCAACAAACUCCCAAAUACAGGACACAGUAAAAAAAGACAAAACUCUUAAAAGUGAGACGAAGAAAAAGAUGAUUAAACCAGCUCGGAAUAAGGAGAGUUUAAAUCAGACAAGCACCUCAGAGAAAAAGCAAAAACAAAGCAUAGUUAGCCCCCCAAAAUAUAGCAAGCAUUCCUCUCCAGAAAAGAUUAGCAGCAAUGUCAGUGCGGGAAAAAAGACUUUAACUUCAUCGGAAAGUGCUAAAAGUGGUCAAAAGAGUCGAGGAGCAGAAAAGUCUCAAAUUAAAAAAGCGAUUGAGGAUGAAAAGACAACCAGGAAAGAGCAAGCCUUAUUAAAUGUGAGAAUUACCCAACCUAAGAGACCAAACAUGGGUAAACCAGCUGCGAAAGAUAAUGGCCAAAAUGUAAAUAGUUCAGCUGGGAGGCCUCAAAUGAAGAAGAACUUGUCAGACAUUCUACAACCCAAGAAAUCCCUUUUGCCCGGCAACAAGAGAAUUAGCAAGCCCAAAUCCAUGACUGAAAACAGAAUACCAACAUCUAAAAAGUCUUUAGAGUUGAGUGAGAGUUCGAUGUCUUCUCGAGAUCCUUCCCCCUCUGAGAUCCACCAAUAUGUUGAGAGCCCAGACCAAGUGCCAUACACUGAGGAGGCCAUUGCGGGUCACUCACAGCCUCCAACAAAAGUUGUGUUCAAGAUCGGCGGUGAUUCUGAAUCGGAUGAAAAGAGUGAAUGCCAGACUCAUCCAGACGAGUAUUAUCUACCUCCCGCUUCAGUAGGUCCUUGUCUUGAAGCCACAGCUUUGCUGCACGGUGACCGAUUAGAGAGAGGUUUGUGCGUUUCAAUGCCGAGUGUCAGAGUCGAUCCGAUGCAACCGGAGGACAGACUGAGGCCAAACCAAUCUGCAGAGGCCAUUGGUCUGGCUGAAAAUGGAUCGCAUCCAUCGACAUCCAACUGUUUGAUGCCGAGAGCAAGUACAACACAUGUCCUGGAUGAACUUUAUUCAUCCAUCCACUGUAUCACGAGUGCAUGUGAAGACGACAGAACCUCCAACAGCCUUCCUAAUAUCUCAACACAAGUGGCGUCGGCGUUGGGCUCGUCGUGUAAAGCCUUCAUGUCUUUCCUAUCAGUGAUGACUCUUCGAGACAACCUGACUGGACCUGCGCCGGGGGACGACAACCAAUCCGAGGCCUUGCUGAUGAUGGAAUCGCUGCAGAAAAUGUCCGCCAUCGAGGACGAGGAAGAGCUGAGGGCAAGUUUGACGGAUCUGCAGAGCAGAGCGUCUUUUCGCUUCAGAGAACACUGGAACGAUUUCCAGAUUCUGAGAGAAAGGCUCGAAAGUGAGCCGCUGUCUCCCAAAUUUUCCGAAACAGAAUUUGCCCUGGAUGUUGUCUCCGAAGGACGGGAUGCAUUUGAGGAUAUUGAAGAGCUGAUGGAUGAGCUGAAUAUGCCGCAAGACCUCAGAGCAGAGAUUUCUUCAACGGUCCAACAAGCGAAACUUUUUUACCCUGCGGAGGAGAGCACUUUUGUAGAAACCGAAAGAAACCAGUCGGACUCAGAGGACGAUUUGGAACAAUUUGUUGAAGAAUGCAACGAUGAAACAAAACAAUCGCUGGCGUCUGAUACUGCCUCCAUAGCUGAAGACAUUACUCAGACACAACAGCGUUACGAUAAUGGAGAGAUAGAUCCAUUAGAGAAAAUGCAAUCUGUGUAUUCCAAGUCAGAAAAUGACGAGGAAGAAGAGGAACAAGGCGAGGAGGUUAGGGAUGUGGGCAAUGACAGAGAGGAUGGACUUACGAAAGAGACAGAUGAUGAUGGUGAAGAAAGGGGAGAGGGAGAAGAGGGGGCAGUGACAGUAAUGGAUGACACGGGGGGGAAAGUAAGUGUAGAGAAGGAGGACCAAGAAGCAGAGGAGGUAUUAAUGGAAGAAGUUCAAGAAGAAGGAGAGGAUCGUAGUGUUGAAGAAACAGAUGAGAGAGAGGGGGAUGAGAAGACAGCAGAAGAGGAGGCUGAUGAGUGGGAAAAGAGGGAGGAGGAGGAGAGUCAAGGGGACAGGGUUGAAGAAGGGACAGUUGAGGUUAUUGAGGAAUCCGAUGACGAGGAAGAGGAAGCAGAUGAGUUCAUUGGGGAGACAGAUGGAGAGGCGCAAGUAGCAAGUGAGGACAACAAUGAGGAAGAAGAAGAAAGCGAACAAGAGGUGGUGGAGGAUGGCGAGGAUAUAAAUAUUGAAGAUGAGGAAAAUGAAGGAGAGGAGACUGACAAGAAUAUGGAAGAGGAAGAAAAGUGUGAUGAGGCUGAGGAGAGCAGGAAAGAGCCGCAGGAAACAAUAAAUAGUCCUGAGGAAGAAUCAGCAGGAGAGAAAGAAGUUGAGGAAAUUGAAGAAAGUAUAAAAACAGGGCAAAUGUUAGACGACAAGCAGAGGGAAGAUGAUUCAGAAAAUGAAAGCGAUGAGUUAAAUGAGAGGUUAGAUGAGCUGGAAGAGCAAGAAUCAAAGGGCGAGUUCGAGGAAGAACACGCCUCCGAAGAUGCCGACAGUAUUGCCGCUGGUCCGGACUGUAAACACCGACUAGAGGAGGCCUCGUAUUUGCAGCAGCAGAGCAGCUGUGAUGAAGCGAAGGCAAAGGUAGCAGAACCGAACACAGGAUCACCAACCAAAUAUUCCACUGAGUGUCAGUGUGAGGACGAUAAAGGCAACGGGACAGACACGGUGAAUGAGUUUGAAACGGACAAGGGAGGGAAGCCUCGCGAGGAUGGAAGAGACAUUCUCCAGCAUCCUGUGGAAAUAUCACAGGAACUCCUUGACUUUGUGAACUCCGCCCUGCAGUCCUCUUCCCUUAUCUUCACGUACGACGCUCGGGGCAACGUCAGGAUUGAGCCAGACAGCGCCCGGGUUACGCAAAAUAAACAAUUUGUUAUUCCAAAAAGUGGAAAUGAUACGUCCUACGUUUUAAAGCGUCUCCCGAGCCCCAGCACCUCGGGUUUGUCCGAUUACAGGCCAGAAACGUCGGAGAGCGGCGUAUAUAAAACUCAGGAGUCUGUAGAUAUUGUCACGGACAGUGGAGAGGAGGCUUCUCCAGUCUGCGGAGGAAAGACGGACAUCCCUUUCAACAAAUGUGGAACAAAUGUGGAGGGAACCGACUCCAAACCGCCUGAUGCAGUUAUUACAGACGUCUUGCGAAAAAACAGUGGAGGGAGUUUUUCUUCUUAUGACUCGGGCACUAAAGCCUCAAAGGAGGAUCUGUCUUAUUUCAGUGCUGCCAGCUCCCAAAAGGCCGACACCGAACCUGCCGCAGAGGCCACGCAGUGCAUUUCUUCUCCCGCGGAAAAAGACUCAGCUGAUGGGGUAUUGAUCGACCACGGUAGAUGGCUGCUCAAGGAGAAUCACCUCAUCAGAAAAUCUCCUCCCGUCUCCCAGGGAAUGUACGGGGAUUUAGAUUGCACAUCUCUAGAUACGGGUGAGGAGAACAAUAGCGAGGAUUCCCUGUCUCAUUGCAAUACCCAGCACCAACCUCUUGCAGCCAUAUCCUCAUCAGAGCUCGAGGAGAUGACGAAGCCCCAAACUCCAAAGUGCACCUACUAUAACAUGCCACAUGGAAGUGAUUCUGACCCCUUUUUAGAUGAUUCCAGUGUCAAAAGUGGGAAACGGGAUGCAAGCAGUGUCAGAGGGAGAGGCUUCAGGGUGUCACCCACCAUUGAUACUUCCAAAACAUGGAUAAAUAAAAAUUGUAGCCUGUCUUCCUUUGAAUCAGUCCAGUUUAAAAUACAAGAGAGAAAAGUGCAUCCUGAGGGGGAGUCCUCAGCUGUGACACGGGCAAGAAGGACUCCUGGUGGAGAAAGGGGUGUACUGCAGGCAGAAGACACCUGCGAUGCACUCCGUGUGAGAUGUAGUCAAUUCUGUCCCAUACUAUAAAAAGGUCCUCCAUGAGCUUUUCGUCUUGGCUAUGGCGGUUCUGUUGUAAUGAAGCUAAACAUGUAUGUGUUGUGUGUUGUUACAUAAUCAUAAACCAAAACAUGUCCAGCAGCCCACCAGACCAGACCUGUGAAGAGAGUUGUGCCUCUUAUUUCUGCUUGAAUAUAGUCAAACAUGUACACAUACAAACAUUAACUUGCUGUGUUUUUGAUGGGGGCUGAGGAGACCCAGCGCUAAGUUUGAGUAAAACAUGGGAUAUAAUAGUAUCAACAAAUAAGAACAACGCUUUGGUUAAUGAAUCAAUGCUCUAACUGCAACUCACUUUAUUAUCUAUUAUUACAAGUACCACUACUCAUCCAUUUCUUAUUGAAUAUAAUGUAAUAUAUCGGCUAAAUGACUGCCAUAUUUAUAAAAUAUUUUAUUUGGUGUUAUAUUCAUUGUUUAAUUUUUUCUGUUCUUUUAGAAUGCUAAUUGUAUUUUCGGGGUUUUCUAUUUCCAAAGACAAGUGGAUACCGUCUGCGUUCAACUCAAGACUAUACCGUCUGCAUGUCAAUUGAGUACUGUCAUUAUUAAAGGCAGCAUCUGACAAAAAAAUUUUUGCCUGUACACAUUUUGAUUCUAUAUGAAAUAAAACAAUGUAUAAUUAUUUUUAAA